CGUAAAUGCAACAGGAACAGAGGAAUGCGGCGACUAACGCGGUGUCGUCGCUGGACGCGUCCGACUGCAGUCAGCGUUCCGCAUUGCACCGACGUGUCUACGUCAAGUUGGUUGAUCCGUCGAUGAAGAUCGGCGCCCUGUGAAAUGCCCCGUUGCUCGGUGACGAUGACGAAACGCUCCAAUAUCUUGCAGUGACCGAGUGGGUGGGAUUAAACAGUUCAACAGUGUGCCUGUCCAUCAUCGGUGGUCGUCGAUCGAGUCGAUUCAAUGGAACCAAGUGAUGCGACUGUGAAUCAUUGGAAACUGCGUCGGGCGAUGCGUCGUUUUCUUCUUCGUUUCAGUGGACGAUACUUCGAAUAAUCGUUCCGGAGAAGAAGAACCGAGAACGAAAGAAAGAAAGAAAGAAAGAAAAAUAUUCGGGAAGGGGAAAAGUGAUUAGUGUUAGGGAGUGGACUUAAGUAACGGGACGAUAAAUAGCGGAUAAUAAUAAUAAUAGUAGCUGAUAAGAGAUCAUACUUUUCGAGAACGAAAGAGAAGAACCGUAGCGAGCGACGGGGAGGGGGGUGAGUCGUUGGUGAAACACAGGCGUAUCAUCGGCGAUCGAAAUCAGUCAGCUGAACGGGUGGUUGGAGGCGGUGGUUGAAGUCAUGUCGGUAUCCAGCGGCUAGCGCCGGCCUCAGGAUUCCGCGAAGCGCGAGCUUCAAGUACUUCGAGGGCGCGGGCCUCGUCGAGAUGAGCGGUGGCAGCGGUGGUAACAACGCCGGCAACCAGGGGAACGGCAAUGCCACCAGCUACCACCAGCAUCAGCAACAGCAACAGCAGCAGCAACAGCAACAACAACAGCAGCAGCAGCAACAACAACAGCAGCAGCAGCAGCAACAGCAACAAACUCAGCUGGAGCAAGCUAGCUUGCUGACAGAACUAAACGGUAUCGACCUGGCGAUGAGCCUGUCGCCCAAACAGCAUUCGUCCCACGUACAAGCCGCUGGUGGCGCUCAUACCACUCCGUUCAGCGUUAAUGACAUCCUCUCGCCUAUCGAUAACGAGUCGUUCAGGAAGCUGGAGCAGGUGAUCGGCGUCGGCGUGGUAUCGCCUUACGGAAACGCGUGCGGCGCCCGUGUCGGCGGCAAUACCGGUAGCUCGAGCGCGAGCAGCGGCAGUCCACCGCUUCACGGAGGCUCGACGCCCGGUGGCGGAACACCCGGACCGGUUUCCGGUCCGAACGACGCCGCCGGAGGAGGCAGCGGCGCUGCCGGUGCCGGCUCAGGCAUGACCGCCAUGGGCAAUCCUUACGCGACCAUGCAACUCACCUCGCAGUAUCAGUACUGCGCCGCGGAAUUGUCAUAUCAUCAUGCGGGGCCACCGGUCGCCGGAGGCGCGACCGCCACCGACCCUAUGAGAUCUCAUCAUCCGUGGUACGCGCCUGCACCGCCGGCCACCAAUGAUCCCCGUUUCGCCAUCUCGCGACUAAUGGGCGCCGCAGCAGCGGGCGCCGGGACCAACAUGGCCGGCUGUUCGGUGGGCCAGUCAAUGGGCGACGUGACCAAGUCGUCGGGCAUGGGAGUGGGCGUCGGCGUCGGCGUCGGUGUCGGCAUGGGCGUCGGCGCGAUGCAAUUCCCCCACCUUCCCCAGAGACGAAAGCGUCGCGUUCUGUUCACUCAGCAGCAGGUUCACGAGCUCGAGAGGCGGUUCAAGCAGCAGAAAUACCUGAGCGCGCCUGAACGGGAACACCUAGCCGCCCUAAUUCACCUUACGCCCACUCAGGUGAAAAUAUGGUUUCAAAAUCACCGAUACAAGUGCAAGAGACAGGCAAAGGAGAAGGCGAUGGCCGAACAGAACGCUCAGAAUCAGAGCGCUAGUUCGCCGCGACGGGUGGCUGUGCCGGUGCUGGUGAAAGACGGCAAGCCAUGCGGAAGCGGCGGCGGAGGCGGGAACGAGGGUAGCCGCGGCGGACCAAGCGCGGCCUUGGCAAGUCCAGCGCCUCACAUGACCGCGGCGUCGAGUCCUCACGGCUCUCAUCACGCGGCCUCCUCGGUGCCUCAUCACUCGGUGGUCGGUGUGAACCACGUGAUAACGUCCAGCCAGAGUCUCCAGCAUUGCUCGUACUCGAGGACCGGUGCCCAGCAGAGCAUGCAGCAGCAGCAGCAGCCACAAUGCGGCGCGUACCUGCCGUUCCAAGGCCGGGCCUGGUAGUACAUGCCAUCCGCGGCGGGGGCCAACCCCUCCGUCGCAGGUCCAGCUGCCUGGUACCCCAUGGAAGACAGCCCCUAGAGACAGUCCUGCUGCGUCGCGCGCUCCGACCUCUGUGAGUCGUUUCUAGAACAGCUCGCCUCGACUGGCUGCUCAUUGGAAUUGAACGACGAGACUGAUCUAGAGGACACUGUCCUUCCCUGGUGACGAGAAUGCUCACCCGCAGACACUGGAUAAAAGAGAGACACUCUCGGUGACGGUUGUUGUCGUCAUCGAAAUAACGUUUCAACGAAAUCGACUUGUUCCAAUAGAUACAUUGACAAACUGUGCACGCUGAUGAUUUUCUGCGCGAGCCGCAGGGCGGUUGCUAGGAGUCAGUGAUCAGUCAGUGAAGUAUUAUACCGUGAAGGAUCCUCUGUGCGAAUCGCUCGAGUGUCGGUUGAAACAUUUGGAUCAACGGCAGUUGUCUUGAAUCUUCCCCUCCCCCGAGUCGAUGGAUCUUGACGGAUCUGAAAGAAAUUGGGAUGAUAAAUAUAUCGAGUAAGCCUCAAACGUAAGACGCAACGUACUUACAUCGGUUUUGUCGUUUAUUUCGACGCUUUUGUUAUUUUAGAAAUGUAAUGCUCGACUUCUGUUCUGUUGUCUUGCCGGAGAGCGUGGAAGGUCCUUCCAAUCAUUGAAUAUUCAAUCUGAUUCCACCUUGGCAAGACAGAUUCGACACGUGUCAGUGAAUAGAAACGAGGUUCGAGCAAUUUCUAAUGUUUAAUUUAUCUGUGAAAUCUAUCUCAAUCCUCUUGGUUAGGGUAAAUCUUGAUUUGUCACAAACGUAACGUUGAACAGCUUCAUCCUUGAAGGAACGAAAGCUGAAUCGACAGGGAAAACUUUUUAUUUUGCGAUACGCACGAAUUGUAAUUGUUUGAAAUUGCACGGAGGCGAACGUGACGUGGCUUCGAAACAGGAAUUGUUCGCGAAAUUAUGCGCCGAGAAACACCGUGUGGGCUCCCGGAUUACGCGCGUUAACGAGCGUAAUUGACUUUAAACACGGGUAAAUUUGGCUUCACUUCGCAAUCAAAAGAGGCAACGCGUCGGGAAAGGAUUGCAGGUGUGCGGGGCGUACUCGAAAACACGUCGAUUCCAAUUGCGAGAAACCGUACACCGGUUCUGUCCACCGCGUGUGUCACCGGAGACGCACUUUCGCGACAUUGUUGCGUUGCAGCAACACAUAUCCUCGAGGAGGGGCUCGAGUUUCCAUUGGGACAGGGAACAACACCGGUUCAGCGAAAACUAACUUCGAAAUUUCCAAUUAUUUCCAGUUGUUCCGCUCCGAUAGAUCAAAGAAUUAAUCUGUCCAGAUUAAUUCAAUUCAUUCUUUUUCUUUUUUUUUUUUUUCUUUUUUCUGUAAACUCUUGUUGCACA